UCGAGUGGAGGGGCGUGGCCCGUGGGAACAGGUCGAGCAGGCUCAGCGAACGAGCCAACGAGCGAAGAAGUUUGAUCUGGACGAGCUGCGAGCAGCGCAACGCCAUGGCCGUCAACAAAUGCAUCAAAUAUUUGCUCUUCGUCUUCAACCUUCUCUUCUGGCUGAGCGGCUGCAUCAUCCUGGGCGUGUCCAUCUACCUGAAAGUCAACAAGGACGGCAACUCGAUCACCGACGAGUCUCUCCCGGGCAUCGACCUCCUGAUCGCCGUGGGCGUCAUCAUCAUGGUGUUGGGCUUCCUGGGGUGCUGCGGCGCCAUCAAGGAGAACCGAUGCCUGCUCAUCCUGUUCUUCGCCAGCCUCCUCCUCAUCUUCAUCCUCCUCCUGGCAGCGGGAAUUCUGGGCGCCGUGGGCGAGAAGAAGGUGAAGGAGUGGGUGAAGGAGCGUCUGCAGAAGUUCAUGCCGCUGUCGAGUCAGCCCGAGAACGUCAGGAAGGACCUGGACAAGCUGCAGGAGGAGCUGAAGUGUUGCGGCCUGGUGAACGGCCCGUCCGACUGGGACGUCGUCCCCGACUCGUGCCGAUGUGCCCCCGGCGAGCCCGAAUGCGGCGCCACCGCCCUGUACAGCACGCCGUGCUCCGUUCGGAUCGUCGGUCUGCUGGAGAAACACAUGGAAGUGGUCAUCGGCAUCGCGUUCGCCAUCGCCAUCCUGCUGAUCGCCGGGAUGGUUUUCUCGAUGAUUCUGUACUGUCAGAUCGGAAAGCGAGACGGCGCCACCGCAGCCUAAACUCCGAAACGACACGGACACCGCCGGCGUCCGAGCACACUUUUAUAUUGAAGGAACUCUUUGGACUGGACACGGUUACAGAUGAUUUCAUGGUUUUUGUUUUUUAUUGAGUGACAUUCCAAGGACAAAAUCAGCAUCAUAAUCCAGCUGGCGGAAGAAAAAGAUUGUUUUAUAAUUAUUGUUGCUUUCCUAAAUCAUCAGUUGACUGAGGUUGAAUUCAGUUUUGUUUCGCUUUUUGUUCAAUGUUUGUGAUUGUCCAUUCCACGUGAUUGUAAACACUUUUAUUCCACAAUCAAGUAAAGACUUCUUUCCAAACGCG